AUGAAGUCCAUCGCCGUCGUCACUCUCUUCUUCGCCGUCGCUCUGGCUCAGCCUCUGGCUUCGAACGGUACCAAGCCCAGCGAAUGCCACGGCUGCGGCCACCUCCCCAAGGUCCACGAGUGGCAGAACUUCACCCCAAGAUGUCAGGGCUGUCUGGCAAUGUGCCACCGCGAACACGACUUUAACGUGUGCGGAUUUGCCAGAUGCCACCAGAUCUGUACAAAUGGUAACAAAGACGAGACUGGUGGCAAACCUCGAGACGAUAUUCAAUUCUCACGAUCAAAUUAG